GUCUUGACCUGAUUGCGGCAUCUUGGUGACCCCGACGUGAUCCUGCUCUGUGCGACUUGAUACCUGCAAAUUCCCGAGGUGCGGUUGCGACCGGACAUCCGAGAGAGACGUGUUUUGUGGCCACAGUCGACCGGUAACGAUACCAUCUGGAUCCCAGCCAAAUGGGUUCGACCGUGGAUCAAAAAGGCAUUACCUUCCUGACUCUUUCUCUCCUUCUCCUGUUAUUUGCCAUCGGUGAGACGCAAGCCCAAGAAAAUCUGUGGAUUCAAUGGGCAAUUCAGACAAACACCUCUGCCUUUUGCUUGCAUCUCACUGCAGCAACUAAUCCUUUUAAGACUUGCCUAAUCGGUGUUCCUGUAAGUCCAUUUGAGCUUGCUAAGAAUGUAGUAAGUAUAAAUUGUACUGCACGAAAUGCUAGUUAUUGCUUAGGUAUGGUGUUAAAAAGUUUUAAAGAACCUUUGCCUUGGGAUCCUCAGGAGUUAAACCUACUGGAUAGUCGACCAUCAAAUGGUUCAGGAUGUGUCUUUUUUGGAUCGUACAAUUUAACAGAAAAGAAAAGACGUACCUGGUUAACACCUCACAAAAAUUACAACACGUCCCAAUAUUGUUCUCCUGAUCGCGUUUAUGGAUGGGGUUCAGGCCACAUUCACCUUAAUUAUUCCUAUGCUACCUCCUUGCCACAUCAAAUAUACCUUAUCUGUGGUGAUAGAGCGUGGCAAGGCAUCCCCAAAGAAGCUCAUGGGGGAGCUUGUUAUCUUGGAAAACUUGCUCUCCUAGCACCUUCUAAAGAGCAAUGGCAAACCAUACUGCAUGGCAAAACACAAAGAGCUCGUAGAAGUCUCGAACAAUUGCCCUCAGACUGUUCUGAUGAGGUAAGCUUGUGGGGAACCACAGCUCGAGUGUUUGCUGCCAUAAUUCCCCAAAUCGCAGCAGAAGAAGCGUUGACCCAAUUACAACACCUUGCGUGUUGGACUGCUAAACAAGCUAAUGUCACCACUAAUGUACUUUCCCAAUUGGCACAAGAUAUGAGCAGCAUGCGCAAGGCUGUGCUCCAAAAUCGAGCUGCCAUCGAUUACUUGCUAUUGGUACAAGGAAAAGGUUGUGAGGAAGACCAAGGACUCUGCUGUUUUAAUCUCUCAGAUCACUCAGAGUCCAUCCAGGAGCAAUUGAAGUGGUUGAAAGAACAUACAAAAAGGAUCACUGUGAGCACAAAUCCUUUGGACGAUUGGUUACUAUCAUUAGGUUUAUCUGCAUGGGUCAAGGAUGUUUUGAAAUGGAUAUGUAUCAUUGUAUUAAUUAUUGGAAUUGUACUCUGUAUGGCUCCUUGUAUUAUUCAGUGCUUUGCUAGUAGAAUUCAUAGUAUGGCUGAUGCAGUUUUUGAUAAGAGAGGGGGAGAUGUUGCGGGAUUAACAGGCGCUGUAAUGUGGAAACCAUUCUUCAAGAAGAUGUCGUGACUGACCCAGGGCGAAGUGACCUUGUCCGCGCAGGAAGCGAAGUAAACAAGGCCAUAAAACUUGAGGGAUGUCACAGACCAGGAUGUUUAAGU